UGUAGAAGAGGGGUUUAACAUAACUGCAGCACAUUCGUAAAACGAGCUUCCAAAAAAUAAAGAAAAACAGAUGUGGAAACUUCCGUCAUCACCGCGCGAGAUUCUGGUCCAAGAUGCUAUAAAAGCCUCUGGCCAACAUCAUCGCGGCGAUAGCGACGGCAGCAGGCGAAUUAGCGAGGUUGACGACGAGCAGCGUUGAUGACAAGGUUGUUCCGUCUGCACUCUACGAUAAUUUCAAGACAACAGCCACAUCACCUGGGAGCAGCAAUGGCGUUGAGACUGCUUCUCCUCUUUUUCAUUUAUGGUUUCUCGGUGACCAGCUUGAAAGGAAUGUUUGUAAAUCCCUCGCAGGCAGAAGACACAGGCACAAGACUUCACAAGUGCAAGGGAAGUAACCUGAUACUGAAUGAACCAAACCCUCAAGUUACUGUUCUUGACGCGUUUGUUUUUCACGGAGAAAAUAGUCUGGCGAGCAUCUCGGUACCUGCCACAGGAAUGUUUGAGGGCCGUCUAGUCGUGGGGCAUGACGGGAGUGUGACUUUGAACAACAUCACGUCAGAUGAUCUUGGAAGAUACCAAGUGGAAAUCCACCUGGCUGAGAAAAAACUCAUAAAUACAAUCCGACUUGUCAUUAAAGAAUCCCCUGAAACAGCCGACGCGAAGUUAUUCGUAAUGAAAAAUGAAUUGCCAGAGAGCAGUUCUUUUCGCCUGACCUGUGGUACCUUUACAACACUUGGAUUUCCACCUGUUUCAGCAGUAUGGACGGAUCCCGCAGGUCGAACACUAAGCAGUCACGGGUUUGAGGAUGAGUACUUUUACCUGGAUGUACCUGCCGACACGGCUGACCCUGGCGAAUACUCUUGUCACCUGGACUGCCGAGCACCUGACUUCUGUUGUCUUGACGACCAGUCGCCGCUAAGGUCGCGUGCACACUUACAGGUGCAUACACAGAAGAAAGUGGAGGUCAUGAGUAUGCAAAGUGUCGCCUUUCAUACUUUUUCACAACUUCAGCAGCAAGCCUCCGAGUUUACCAGGAAUGUCCGCAAUUUUCAGGAGUUGGGAUGGAGUCAGAAUGCUGUGGCCGCGACAGCUCAUCUGGCUAACGUUCAAUCCAAAAGCGAUACUGGCCUGAAUAAAGUCGAGAACUUGGAUAAUGAGCUGAAAAGAAUCUUGGAGAAUGCGAGGAACCUCAUAUUCAAGACCGACACGUGGAUGUCUGCAUUUGAAGAAAAAUUUUCAGCGAUGGAGGGAAAAUUUAUGUCACAGGUAGACAACGUCAGCCAGAUAGUAGACCGCAUUCGCUCACGCCAAGUACGGAAAGACGAGCACAGAUGUCUACAAAAAGAUGGCUACAUGUGGCAUUUAGAGAGCUGCCUGAAGGUUUCGACUUACGAAGCGAACUAUGUUGCUGCCAAAGCUGCCUGCCGGAAAGAUGGCGCUCACCUGUUUGACCUCAAGUUACCUGAUCUUGACGUGGAGCGACUGCGGAUGGCAGUUAUAGAGUCUAAGAAUAACGGCACGUUGCAUCAUGGCCGCUACUAUUUCAUGGUUGGAGCAAACGACGUCGAUUCUAACCACACCUUCGUCUGGACAGACGGAACCCCUCUUCCGUUAUCAUCUCCACUUUGGGAAUCAAACCAGCCCGAACCUGGCAAAGAAGAAGAUUGUGUUUGGGCACGAAUAUAUCUUCCUCAAGUGUCAUUACACGACUUCAGUUGUGAUACUCAGGCUUAUUUCAUUUGUCAGUAUGACAUUUAAGAGUCUGUUGACAUUUCCGUCUCAGAAAGAAUUAAAUAUCGUGGACAGAGCACAAGAAAAAAAUAUCAUAGAUCGUGUAACUCGAUUACUCUUUUAACAUUAAGCUUUUUUGUUGGAUAGCUGUAAAGCAAUACUUUCCAUGGCGAGUUUUACUAGACAAAUAAAUAUAAAUAUGAGGAUGGAGGUUACUAAUAAAACUUCUUGGGAGCAUUGUUGUAAGAGUAAUCAAUCUUUGCUGCUUUUAAUUGCUCUGUAUACGAAACUUCAAAGACGCCAUUGCUAGUUCACCUUCACUCAGUCUCUUGCUUCAAAAGGUAUCGCUUCGAUUACUAAACAAUAUGUCCGAGUUUUUUCUCUCAUCGAUCGUCUGAAAAAUAAAAGUAGUUACUGUG